UUUUAUUUAGACCUACUGCUGAUAAAUACUAAAAAAUAGUUACAUUUUCCACUGUUUGGCAUUACACUACGAACUCUCCGAAUUUAUGGGUGCAGAAAAUAGUAUUUUAGAGGGUUGCCAAUGGGAUGACCCAAUAGAAUGUCCUCCAAGUUUUCAAUGGCAGUUGUCGCCUAUAAAAAAAUCUGACGGCACAGAAGCUACUGUAUUUGAACCCAAGAAUACAGAAGGAAAAGAUGCUCACUUGUUAAAAAAAUGUGCUCUGGUUCUCCGCAGUAUUAGACACCCCAAUAUCCUUCGCUUUGUUGGCUACAGUGAGUCUUCCACCAAUGUCUGGCUGGCCACAGAAUCCGUUUUACCCUUGGUGACCGCAUUAAAGAUAAUGUCAUCAGAGGAACUCUGCCUUGGUCUCUAUGACCUCCUGCAAGGGCUACACUUCCUUCAUUCCAAGCUAGGCAUCAGUCAUAACAAUUUGUGCCUGUCGUCUGUCUUUGUAAGUCCAGAUGGAACAUGGAAACUCGGGGGAAUGGAGCAUAGCUGUAAGUUUACAGAAGCAACACAAGGCUACCUGGACAAGUGCAGAGCUUUCAGGUGUGAGAGCUCUCUAGCGCCAGAGGAAAAGUAUGGCCAGGUGUCUAUAGAUGGAACCCUAGGUCAUGCUAGAGACAUCUAUGCUAUCAAAACAUUAGUGGAUGCUGCUUUAGACUUGGUGUUGAUCAAAGAUGAGACCAUCCAAACUAUGGAGCUAGAGUUGUCAAAGUGUAGCAGUGUUGACCCUGGGUCUAGACCUAAGGUGUCGGAUUUAUUGGAAGCAUCAUCUUUCAGAUCAGAAUUGAUCAACAUCAUCAAUUUUCUUAAACACAUCACUGUCAAGACUGAGACAGAGACAAAAGAGUUUUUCAGCAAUUUGAUGCCUAGAUUAAGAAAGCUCCCUGAAACAGUGAUAGCUAGAAGACUGGUUGUUCCACUUCUAGCGAGGUUUGUUUUGUUGAAUCAGUGGGCGGAAGAGUUAGUGUUACCCCAUCUACUAAUGCCUAAAGGAAAUUCUGAGCUGAGAACAUCAUCAAUAGAGGGACUUAUAGAUGAAACACUCUACAGGACCUAUGUUAUCAAUCAUUUAUUUAACAUAUUCCACGUUCACGACAGCCAUAUACGCUUGAUUCUCCUCAAACAUUUUUCACACUACGUCCAUUUGUUUUCACGUACUCAGCUAGAGGAGGACAUAUUUAUCCAGAUACUCCUUGGUGUGAGAGACUCUGAUGACAGAAUAGUGGCAGCAAGUCUUCGAGCAUUAGCAGACCUGGUGCCUCAUCUUGGGGGGGACUUUGUCAUAGGGGGAAACAGAAAACCAUUUUUCUUUCAUGGCAUUCCAAAAAAAAUAACACAUGAUGAAAUAGUGCAGAUGGAUAUACCACAGAAUAUGAUGUCAGCGCUCUCUUCCCACAAACCUUUGCUCAAAGACUUGGCUAAAGGGAGCAAGAAGUUUACUCUAAGUAAAGAAAAAGUUUUAGCUGAUCAGGAAAAGAAGCUGAAGGAAAAGUUACAGAAGAAGGAAGAGGCCAGGUUGAAAAGAGAAGAAAGGAAAAGGAAGUUGAAGGAGAAGGAACUUGCAGGAUGUGUUGAGAAUGGUUUGCCCCCUACAAGCGAAGAAACAGCAGACUCAGGGAAUGAUGAGAUAAGCGAGGAAGUGAAAGAUGAUGCAGAUGAUGUUGAUGUGGAAGAGGAGAGCUUACAAGUGGACAAAAACUCCCCCGCCUGGUCAGAGUGGGACGAGUUUGACCAACAGAUUGAUGCUGAGAUAGAAUCCGAACUACAGAGUAUGACCACCAUCACUGAUGGGGAUGGAAAGGUCCAGACAUCCCCGAGCCCAUACAGAAGUCAAACUCCACCCUCCCCGCCACCGGUAAAAAUGGACUGGUCUGACCCAGUUGUGGACAGUGAUUUGAAAAAGGGUGUGGAGGUCAAGGAAGAUUGGUUAACCUAUGAUAAGAAUAAUAAAAACAAUAAUGAGCAAGUAGAGUGGGAUAAUGCUGCUGGCCAUACCAUGUUUGGGCAUGUGAAAUCAAGUCACCCAUCAGCUGGCUCUAAAAGUCUUAAACUCAAUUCAACCGCAGCUUUGAACAAAUCUCACACAAAGAAGACAGAAAAACCAGUGGAUGACUUAGGAAUGGGCCUAGACAUCAAAUCUAUAGAGAUAAAAACCAAACCUGAUCCAGAGCUGGACUUUUUUGCAGACAUGGCACCCAGCAUAGCCCAGCCCAAAGGUGUGGUUCCUCUUGUGGAAUCAACAGAUAACUUCUCACCUAAAGUCAGCGGUCAAAACGUUGGUACAAUUUUUGCCAUGGCAACUCUAGAGGAGGAUGCAGCUGGAUGGGGAGAUUUGGACACAGACUGGGGAACUGACCAAUGAUAGGUGUAGUUUGUAGGUUUUUUUCAAUUGAAGUGUGAUGGUUUACACAGUUACUACUGUCUAUAUUUUAGACUUUAAAAAAUUUGAAGGCUGGUGAACCAACAUCAGCAGCUUCUUUGAUUUUCACGCAAGCGUCUCACUCCAGUGUGUUAUACAUCGUUAGAAAAUUGUAUGUUCUGGAAUAAUUUAGAUAACGUUAUAUUUUAGAAUUGUUAUAUCCGUUCAGCAGGUGAUAUUGGUGUUUACUGAACAUAGAUUAUGAUAAAUAAUUUGAACCAUUUUUUUUACUGGAUAACAAUGCUACAUGUUUACACUUCUUAACUUUCAUCAACCUGUUUUCAUUAACCUGCUACAUCUUAACUUCCAUCAACCUGACUUUAUCAACCUGCUACAUCUUAACUUCCAUCAACCUGACUUUAUCAACCUGCUAUGCCUUGAUCUUGACUUCCAUCAACCUGACUUUAUCAACCUGCUACAUCUUGACUUCCAUCAACCUGCUAUGCCUUGAUCUUGACUUCCAUCAACCUGCUAUGCCUUGAUCUUGACUUCCAUCAACCUGCCAUGUCUUGAUCUUGACUUCCAUUAACUUGAAUUUAUCAACCUGCUACAUCUUGACUUCCAUCAACCUGCUAUGCCUUGAUCUUGACUUCCAUCAACCUGCUAUGCCUUGAUCUUGACUUCCAUCAACCUGCCAUGUCUUGAUCUUGACUUCCAUUAACUUGAAUUUAUCAACCUGCUACAUCUUGACUUCCAUUAACCUGUCUUCAUCAACCUGCUACAUCUUGACUUACAUCAACCUGCUAUGUCUUGAUCUUGACUUCCACUAACUUGAAUUUAUCAACCUGCUACAUCUUGACUUCCAUUAACCUGUCUUCAUCAACCUGCUACAUCUUGACUUCCAUCAACCUGCCAUGUCUUGAUCUUGACUUCCACUAACCUGUCUUUCAUUCUGCCCACAUCUUUAUACCAAAAGCUGUGCAAUAAUUAAUUUCCUCUCCUAAAAAUAUUUGUGUGCACCUUAACCCCAGAUUGACAGUAAACAAAAUCUAUGUAGAACAUUUAUCUGGCUAAUGCAUCUGGGCUAGAUGUCCAUUCAUAACUUACACCAAGUAUUAAAAUAGUGAAACCUCUCAGUUGUGAUGUACAAACUAUUUACACAUUGUGUACAAAGCAUUGUGUUAAAGCUCACGAUCUUCAAGCAGUAUUUUACUAGUUACCAUAUAGGCGACAACCUCUUUAGCUGAAUAAGUUUUCUGUUCUUAUAGAAAGAUAUUUUAUCUUGUUUCACUCAAAUAGACAAUCAACAAGAGCAGUCAUUUUUAAAGUUGUAUCUAGAUAUGUGCUGUGUUUCGAAAGGUAUCCUGGUUGCACCAGAUCUAAUAUUUGUAAUAAAAAGAAAAUAGUUUGGUACAUAUUGUAAGAUGGUUUGAAGGCAAAUUAAAAAUAUUUGUUCAGCCAAAGCCAUUUUAACUCUACACAUGUUACUGACAAUUCUAUAUUUACUUAAUAAGGAAAUUAAAUAUUUAAAAGCACUAAAGUCUCAAACGACAAUUCUUAUGACAUAAUAGCUGCACUUGUAAUCAUGGCCCUCUGUAAUUUGUAUAAUUAAAUUAAACAUGUUAUUCCAUGUUACCAUUUUUUUCAAGUGCUCCUCACAAAAUUGCUGGUUGUAAAAAUAAUUUUAAUGUAUUGAAGCAUUACUAAAAACAGGAUGUGAAGUAAUUUAAUCUAAUUGCUGUAUGUAUGAUUUAAAAUUAUUCUCAUUGCCAUAAGUAUGAUUUAACUGGCAACAUAUUGCCAUUUUCUUGUUAUUGCAAUGUUUAUUGUACUGGCCUGGUUUCCAGAUUUUUAUUGUUUUAACACUGCCAGAAUUUUUCACCAGUUUCUAGAAAUAUUCUACACCAAGUAUACAUUUUAAUUUCUAAUUAAAUCAUUGAUUUUUAAUUGAAAUGAAUUUAUCAUAUUCUAAUUUGAAAGCAAAGCUUUUUUUUUAAGUAUUAAAAGAAGUAUAGGGAAAAAACAAGUACACAUUUUUAGCAUUGUUUUUAAUUGAUUUAUUGUAGUUUAAUUUGUUAAUUUAUACUCCACCUUUUUACUCCUGCUGAUGCAUGAUGGGUAGCUUUUUUUUUUCUUCUCACCAUUGUGUAAACUACUUUUUUAAGCUUGAAAUAUUUUGUUGUUUAUUGUAAUAUAACUUAAUGGUAUACUUUGUAAGCUUUACAAAUCGUGGUGUGAAAUGUUCUCUUAUAAUUUAUUUAUGGAAAUUGAUUGUACAAAUGGAGAGGUGUGCUAAUUUUAAUUAAGUGGCCCUCGAUGACAAAAUAAAGUUGCUUUUACUUUUUUAUAUGUACUUUUUUGAGCUACAGCCAAACACACAAUCUGUGGUGGACUUUCAAAGACAGAUAGAUCUAGUAACCAUUUUUUAUCAGGGAUGGUUGGUCAAAUUUCAAAACUGUAUCUACUCCCAUUUUAAAAAAAAAUUUUAAUCGUUUUUUAAAUAGGUAAUAAGGCAACAUUUUGUGAUGGAGGGUCAAUUUAUAUAUAUAUAUAUAUAUUUAAUUAACAAAGAAUUAAGGCAAAAAAUCGGGCAAAAUAAAAAAAAUUGAAAAUAAAUUUAU